AUGCUCUCCACGUCUUUUAGCUCGCGUAUUAUCCAUUAUGAUCCCCCAAGGGGAUUCCUCGUGCCAAAAUUUUCUGCGUAUGACGAGUCUAGCGAUCCGUUCGACCAUAUCAUGCAUUACCGGCAGCUCAUGACUCUCGACAUAGGGAACGACGCGUUGCUGUGCAAGGUAUUCCCCGCCAGCUUACAAGGCCAAGCUCUUUCAUGGUUUCAUCGACUCCCCCCAAACUCUGUUGAUAACUUCCGGGACCUAUCAGAAGCUUUUGUGGGACAAUAUCUGUGCUCCGCCCGGCAUAAACAAAACAUUAGCACCCUGCAAAACAUAAAAAUGCAGGAGAAUGAGUCCUUAAGAGAAUUCGUGAAACGGUUUGGUCAGGCUGUGUUACAAUUAGAGGCCUAUAGCAUGGAUGCUGUCCUCCAAAUCUUCAAACGAAGCAUAUGCCCAAGUACCCUAUUCUUUGAAUCACUUGCUAAAAUGUCUUCCACGACUAUGGAUGACUUGUUCCUGCGCGUGAGCAAAUACUCGAUACUGGAAGAUGAUGUGCGUGUAACCACCCAACAAAUUUUGGUCGCCGGACAGACAUCCAAAAGCGACGAGGAAAGAAGUUCCAGACCUCCGGACCAGCCAAGGCCGUUUGGUCGAAGGUAG